AUGUCAUACAACUUCUGCGACGAGUAUGGAAGACCAUAUGUGCUAAUUAGAGAGCAAGAAACAAGGAAAAAAACAGAGGAAAAGAAUGUUUUGCUGGAGAACAUAAACAACUUUUGCGCGAUUGUAGACACACUCAGCACCUCGGUAGGGCCCUUUGGCGCAGACAAGGCCAUAAUAAGCGCGGACGGCGAGGUAACUAUAACAAACGACGGGGCAACAAUCUUAAAGGAAAUGGACAUCGAGGGGUCUCCAAUGGGCAGGCUGAUAACACAGCUGAGCACUGCGCAAGACGACGAAGUGGGCGAUGGAACCACCAGCAUUGUUAUUAUAGCUGCCUCGCUUCUGAGGGAGGCUGGCAAGCUGGCAACCAAGGGAAUGCACCCGCUGAAAAUCAUACGGGGCUAUGAAGAGGCCUUGGAGAUUGCCCUGGGCGUGAUAGAUGCCAACUCGACGUGCCCGGAGGAAAAGGAGCUUCGAGGCAUGAUGGAAAAGAUUGCGCAAAGCACGCUUAGCAGCAAGGUGGUUAGCAGAGACAUCGAAAACUACAUAAAAAUUGCAAUUGAAGCUGUGGAGGCAGUCCAGGAUGUGCGCGGCGAGGCCAACCUGGAGCUGAUAAAAAUAGAAGGCGAGACCAAAAUGGGAGAGAGCGAGCUUAUUAAGGGCGUGUAUAUUUCAAAGGAGUUUAGCCACUUCCAGAUGAACAAAAACAUUCCAGACGCGCAGAUAGCCAUUUUGGCGUGCCCUUUCGAACCGCCAAAGGUCAAGGCAAAGCACGAUCUGAACAUAACCACGGCCGAGGAGUUCCAGGAGCUCUCUGCAUAUGAGAAGAAAAUAUUCGCCGACAUGAUAGAGACAAUCAAGCGGUCGGGCGCCAACGUGGUUCUGUGCCAGUGGGGGUUUGACGACGAGGCAAACUCUUUGCUUAUGCAGGCUGGGGUGUCUGCCGUCAGGUGGGUGGGUGCUCAAGAGCUGGAGAUGGCGGCCAUUCACACAGGCGCGCACAUAAUAUCCAGAUUCGAAGACCUAACAGAAAACUCUUUGGGGAGAGGGUGUGUGUCCGAAGAAAGCGGAAGCAUUCGGAUAAAGAACCCCGAUAAGACGAGCGCUGUCACAAUUCUUGUCCGAGGAGGGACUUCGGCGAUCAUCGAGGAAACAAAAAGAAGCAUCCGAGACGUUCUUUGCGCAGUCAGAAACGUGAUUCGGGACCCGAAGGUGGUGCAAGGAGCCGGAAACAUCGACAUGCUAUGUGCUGAUGCCGUGAAAAAAGGCAUGCCCGGAUCCAUUGGAAGGGGGUAUGCAAAGGCCCUUCAGGAGCUGCCUAUGGCGCUGGCUCGAAACAUGGGAGAAGACCCAAUCACCAAGAUAUUUGAAGGCAUUGCAGGAGAUGUGUGGGAGGGCGCCUACUCUAAAAAACACCAGCUAACUCUUGCAACCCAGACCGUGAAGUCCAUCAUCCGAAUUGACGACGUCUUUGGGGUAUAA